AUGUCAAUUUCACCUCAUGAUUCUUUUGUUCCUCAAUACCCCCUUUCUCCCGGUUCAUCACAAUCUACGUCAUCAUCUCCAUUACCAUCAGACCGUUUAGUAUAUACUAAAAAACAAAGGAAACAAUACACAAUAACUAAAAAAAGAGAAGUUUGGACUGAUGCUGAACAUGCUAAAUUUGUUGAAGGUCUUGCUCUCUUUCAUAAAGACUGGAAAAAAAUUAAAGAGUAUAUUGGAACAAAAACAGUUGUUCAAAUUAGAAGUCAUGCACAAAAGUACUUUCUUAAAUUAAAUAAAACAGCACCACCACAACCAUUUACCUUAACUCCAUUAAAAAAUUUCUCAGUCCAACAAAGUAUAAUAAAAAGUAAUAGUUGUCCUCCUUCACCUCAGUUUCAUGAUCACAUUGGAGACUCUACAAAUGGUAUAUCUUCUGCAUUUUCUCCUGUGAGGGAUUAUGCUGAUUAUAUUCAAAUAGAUGGACUUCUUGGUUUGUUAUUUUGUUAUUUAAUUACUUUGGAUUUAUGUUAUUAA